AAAAAUUACUGACCAACGACAAUUCGAAUGUGAUUCUAAAAAUAUCUUUUUUUUGAUUCUGUUAAUGUAAAGUUAUUAGGACACAUAUAGCUGCGGCCUUGGAAUUUCAAUUCCAGCCAAUCAUCAUUUAUAAUCAUACUUUUUAACGUUUCCAUUCGUGUACGAAUAAUCUUUCUUUGAAAAAAACAUGACAACAGUACAAUCAUCAACACAAGCAGCAGCUGCUGCCGCUUCCAAUCAACAAUCAGCAGCCAAUGAUCAAUCGGAUACAAUUCAGUAUCAUCCACCGACCAAUUUUGCUGGACCAAUCGGACCGGGUGGUCCAGCAUAUGUUAAAUCCGAAGUUGAUUUUCAACGAUUGAUUAAUGGUGAUGCAGAUCGUCUUGUAUCGCGUGCAUCAAAUCUGUUACAUAAUAAAGCAUUCACAGAUGUCACUUUUAUUGUUGGUCCUCCUAAUCAUUCGAAAAAAUAUGUUGGACAUCGUGUACUAUUGGCAAUGACUAGCCCAGUAUUUGAGGCAAUGUUUUAUGGAGAUAUGGCCGAUAAAUCUAAAGUUAUCCGUAUACCGGAUAUUGCACCUAUUGGAUUUGAAAAUCUAUUACGUUAUGCAUACACUGAUUCGUUGAAUUUGAAUUCAGUUGAUGAUGCAAUGUUAACGGCAUAUGCAGCAAAGAAAUAUCUUCUUCCACAUCUUCUUCGAGAAUGUUUGACCUAUAUAGAGAAAAACAUAACACCCUCAAGUGCUUGUGCUGUUUAUGAAUUCGCCAUUGCUCUUAAUUCACAACAAUUAAUUUUUCAAGCAAUAAAUACAAUUGAUAGGCAAACAUAUCAUGUUAUAACGCAUAAAUCAUUCAAUAACAUUCAAUUGUCGACUUUGGAAUUUAUUGUGAAUCGUCGCUAUUUGAAUCUUUAUUCGGAAUUUUCUCUGCUCAAUUCUGUCGUACAAUGGGCACAACAUGAAUGUAAAAGAUCCGCUAAACAGGUGAAUGAUUGGAAUAUUGUUCGUAACAUUCUUAAUGAAAGCAUCGUGCUUAAAAGCAUUCGAUUUUUAACAAUGACUGCAGAAGAAUUUUCUCGUGUCGUUUCGCAAACUACGAUGUCGACACCAUCGAUUGAUGAAAAUGGUUCCAGUGAUGGCAAAAAUGGCAUCGAUUGUGGCAAUAAUUUGAAUACACCUUCUUUCUUGACCAAAAACGAACAGAUUGCAAUAUUUAUGAAUCUAGCUAUACCUGGUAUUGUACCGAUACCAAAAUGUUUGAGUCAAGAAACCACUCCACGUUGUGCUCCUCCCGAAUAUUUCACAGUACGACGCUACAAACCGGUAACAUAUGCUACAACGACCACAUUGGCACAUGUAACAAGUUCGAAUGCGGCUGGUGCUGCUGGCAAUAAACCAGUGAAAUCUGUUUGCUCAAAAUUUUUGGUUAACAAUAGUGAUCUAUUUAUCGUUGGAGCAUCAAUACCGAUUCGUUUGGAUCCAAGUUACUAUUCUGUUCGUACACCAAAAUUAGAUUGUCAGCUUAAAUUUACAUCAAAACUCAAUUUACCGGAUGGACAGAUGGUAACUGCAAGAGGAACCGAUGAACAUCAAAUUAUUCUGGAUACAAUCGAUGAAUCGUUAUCAUUUGUCAUUUCAAAAGAUAAAGAUUGUCAUGUAAAACUGAAAAAACCAUUACAUGUGAAGAAAGGAAAUAUUAACGAAUUGUUGUUAACAUUUCAAUCAACAGCAUUGACUGAUGAUAUUGUUGUAAUCAAAGGUCAUCGAAACAAAACACCACAAAUGGAAAUCAUUGAUGGUGAAGCAAUUAGUUGGACAUUUUUGAAGACAAGCACUGUGGAAUUUAAUGAACUAUACUAUUAUUAUUGAUGCUUGAAAAUUGAUCAUACUCAAGAUGAUAAUUAAUUGGAUUAUAAAACUUUUACGAUUUUUCAGCUAUCGGAUUUGGCUACAAUUAUUCAUUCACGAACUUGGUUCUUCAUAUUUUUUAAACUUGAAUUCUCGAGAUUUUUUUCUUUUUUUUCCCAUAAACACUCAACACAUUUGUUUAAUUAAUUUUAUUACUGAUUACUAUAUAUUUACCGAAUGAGAAUAUAUAACUAACAGACGAUAUAUAUAUAAAAUUGUGAUCCAUUUCUAAUUAUUUAUUUCGGGAUCUAAAUGAAAACGACACGAUCAAAAUGAAAACGAAAUCAAUUUUUUUUUUCGUUUAUGUUUCCUUUGUGGAUUAUCAUGAAGACAAAUCUCUGCAUUAAUUAAUCUGAAUCAAUCAGUCAUUUUUGUUGCAAACAAUCAUUCAUACAUCUCAAAUAUACACACAUUCAAAUGCAUGGAUAUCGAUUUUUAAAAAUUAUAUAAAAAGUUGAUUAGCAUUAGAACUAUUAUUUGAUCAAUUUGACCAAUAUACAAUGAUUUUAUUAUUCG